ACGCCUUACUGGCAGACCUGGAAUCCACCACCUCACAUAUCUCCAAACGACCAGUGUUUCUGACGGAGGAAACGCCUUACUCCUAUCCAACUGGAAACCACACGUACCAGGAGAUUGCCGUGCCACCGCCAGUGCCCCCGCCACCUUCCAGUGAGGCCCUGAAUGGCACUGUGAUUGACCCCUUAGACCAGUGGCAACCCAGCGUAUCCAGAUACGCCCACCAGCAGCCUCAGUCCCAGUCUCCUAUAUACAGCUCUAGUACCAAAAGCUCCAGUGCCUCUGUUCCUAGAGACGGGCUCAGCUCUCCUCCUCCCCGUGCCAGUGAAGAGGAACACGUCUACAGUUUCCCGAACAAGCAGAAGUCUGCAGAGCCAUCUCCCACCAUGACCAGCUCCUCUCUGGGCAGCAACCUCUCAGAACUGGACAGACUUCUUCUGGAACUGAAUGCUGUUCAACAUAAUCCCACCAGUGGCUUCCCAGCAGAAGAAGCCAGCAGAAGCCCAUCGCUGCCCAGCGUGACUGGACCUCACUAUGUCAUCCCAGAGAGCAGCAGCUCUGCGGGAGGGAAGGCUGCACCCCCCACCAAAGAAAAACCAAAGCGGAAUGGCGCACGUGGGAUCGAAGAUGUGCGUCCCAGUGUGGAGAGCCUGCUGGAUGAGCUGGAGAGCUCUGUGCCAAGCCCAGUCCCUGCGAUCACUGUGAGCCAAGGUGAGGUGAGCAGCCCCCAGCGGGUGACUGCCAGUCAGCAGCAGACCCGUAUAUCUGCUUCCUCAGCUACACGAGAACUGGAUGAGCUGAUGGCCUCUCUCUCCGACUUUAAGUUCAUGGCGCAGGGGAAAGCCGGGAGCAGCUCCCCUCCAUCCACAGCCUCCAAGCCUGGCAGUCAGCUGGACACUAUGCUGGGAAGUCUGCAGUCUGACCUGAACAAACUGGGUGUAGCUACGGUUGCCAAAGGUGUCUGUGGAGCCUGCAAGAAGCCUAUUGCUGGGCAGGUAGUUACAGCCAUGGGGAAAACCUGGCACCCUGAGCACUUCGUCUGCACCCACUGCCAGGAAGAGAUCGGGUCGCGGAACUUCUUUGAGCGGGACGGUCAGCCCUACUGCGAGAAGGACUAUCACAACCUCUUCUCCCCUCGCUGCUACUACUGCAACGGGCCGAUCCUUGAUAAGGUGGUGACGGCUUUGGACAGGACAUGGCAUCCUGAACACUUUUUCUGUGCCCAGUGUGGAGCUUUCUUCGGACCUGAAGGAUUUCAUGAGAAGGACGGCAAAGCCUAUUGCCGCAAGGACUACUUUGACAUGUUUGCUCCCAAGUGUGGAGGCUGUGCCCGGGCUAUCCUGGAGAACUACAUCUCUGCCUUGAACACCCUGUGGCACCCUGAAUGCUUUGUCUGUCGGGAGUGUUUCACACCAUUCAUCAACGGCAGCUUCUUUGAGCAUGACGGGCAGCCCUACUGCGAGGUGCAUUACCACGAGCGGCGCGGCUCGCUCUGCUCCGGUUGCCAGAAGCCGAUCACGGGACGCUGCAUCACUGCUAUGGGCAAGAAAUUUCACCCCGAACACUUUGUCUGUGCCUUCUGCCUCAAGCAGCUCAACAAAGGAACCUUCAAGGAACAGAACGACAAGCCCUACUGCCAGAACUGCUUUCUCAAGCUCUUCUGUUAGAGGCAUCCUAGACGGGCGCUAAAGCAUCUUUCUGCCACCCCCUUGGCAGUUCUGUCUCUCUGAACAUUACUGUGAUUUCGAAACCUUACCAGGCAGGGGAGGAGGGGGGGCGGG